GAGCAGUCAGUGACUUUACUGUGGCAUACUAUUUACAUAUGUUAACAAUCUGAAAAAUUCAUGUUUAAGUGGAUAUUCUUUUUUAAAAAAAAAGGUAGAGUUUAUGCAGCAAGCAUGUACUUUGUCAUUGUUACUCUAUCAUAUUUAAUCAUUGCUGGAUUUAUUUACCCGAGGAAGAAUUUUUUUUUUUGUUUUCACGGUUCUGUUUACAACUCAGUACUAUAUCUCAAAGAAUAACAUACCCUUUGACUUUUUUUAAUAAAAUGGCUUUGCCUUGUGCUUUUCACCUGUAUUAGAUUUUCAGAGUUUAUCGCCAUGGAGACCAAGUACACCAGUGAGAAUGCCCCUGCAGUGAGACAGGCUGAUGGUUUGCAGAGCCAGAGAAAAAGAAUGCAUCCUAAUUCCGGAAAUAACACUAAUAAAAAGCAAGGAAAUAUGAGGGAGAGGAGUCUGAGAGAACAGCAAGCUAACAUCAUGACACAUGAAGGACAACAGGAUUUUCAGAGUAUACAGAACAAAAUUCAAGAGCUAUCCACAGAAGAAAUGCGUCACCUGUGCAAUCUGAUGGCAGAAAGGAAUCCAUCACUAGUACAGGAGAUACUUGAGGAGCAACAGAGGCAGAACAGUGAAAUUACUGAACAACAUCAGGCAGAACUACCUCAUACUUGGUGUGUGUGCCACAGUUGCAGGGAUAUGCCGACCACACAAGAAAGAGUCUGUUGUGCGAAUUCACCAACGAACUGUUUAUCUCUUGUUCCGGAAAUGAGUGAGGUUGUCCUUCAUCAGGGUGUUCUACGUGUUGCCGAUACAUACAGGCGGGCUAUCUUUGGAAUACCAUUGGAGACUGAUGAAAAUCGUCGCUUUCGUCAUUCUGCCUAUCGGCAGUUUACUGUCUGGCGUUAUGGACGGCUUGGGAGUAGAGUGCAUCAAGUCAUUCCUAGUUGCUGUGUUUGGCGCAUUCGUAACAAAUAUCCCAACCCUUUAGGCCAGUACACAGGUUUUCUACCUCAACGGAGGACAGUACUUGAGUAGUAAUAAAGACUUACCAUUUAUGCAUUAGUGUAAGAAUAGAUAUUUUUAACAAAGUGUGUUUUGUUUGGAUUGUAGUUUUACAAUAAAAAAAUAACUGUGGUUAAACAUU